GCGGAGAUGAGAGGUGUGGCGCAGUAUCGUCGAGCUGCAGGCGCCACGUAACGCUGGCGGGGUCGGUCUCGCUCACAUUAGUAGAGCAGGGGAGAGCAGAGGAGACAGGAGAGGAAGCCAGCACCGGCGACUGCGACUCCACAAGCGAAGCGUAGCAGACCAGAAGGCCAAGAAGAAAGCAGGGCCGGCCGCGGGGAGGGAGGCAUGUCGUGGCAGACGUACGUUGACGAGCACCUGCUCUGCGACAUCGACGGCCAGCGCCUCACCGCCGCCGCCAUCAUCGGCCACGACGGCGCCGUCUGGGCGCAGUCCGACGCCUUCCCGCAGGUCAAACCCGAAGAAAUCACUGCAGUAAUGAAUGACUUCAGUGAACCAGGUUCUUUAGCACCAACCGGAUUAUACCUUGGUGGUACAAAGUACAUGGUUAUCCAAGGCGAACCUGGAGCUGUCAUUCGAGGGAAGAAGGGACCAGGAGGGGUUACCAUCAAGAAAACCAAUCUAUCCGUCAUCAUUGGAAUCUAUGAGGAACCAAUGACUCCUGGCCAGUGCAACAUAGUUGUGGAGAGGCUUGGUGAUUACCUUGUUGAUCAGGGCUUCUGAACCCAGAAUAUGUAAUAUGUAGCAACUGGGUUUGUGUUUGCUGAAAUCUGUCAUCUAUCCCAUUAAUAAUUAGCACAAAUUUGGAUGAAUACUGAGGACACAGUGUCCGAAUCGCUUCCUACAUUUCAUGGGGCUCAUAUGUAAUCUUUAAAAACAGUGGUUAUGAAAGUUUUGCUGAGCACCCAAUCUAUCCUCUUACUGA